AUGGAAGAUCCAGCGUUUGAGAAAGGAAAAGGCAAAGGAGUUGAAUCUGAAUCAAAGCCCCAAAAAAUCCGUUUCACCCUUACCUCCACAAAGCUGCAAGUUUUAGAAAACAGUAUUUUCCAAUUCAGUGACUUCUAAGCUCAUUUCCUCAGCCAAAAAAGAAAACCUCAAGACUUACGGACCAGUGAGGCUUCCAACGAAGAUCCUCCGCAUCACUGUAAGGAAGAGUCCUUGCGGCAACGGAACCUCCACCUUUGACCGUUUAGAAAUGAGAAUCCACAAGAGAGUUGUCACGCUAAUUUGCCCAACUGAUUUUAUCAAGAAGGUCACAGAUUUCAACAUCGACCCAGGCGUUGAAGUAGAAUUGCAUUUCACUGACUUCUAA